AUGACGAUAGUCCUCAACCCCGUCUGGGUCAACGGCGUACAGAAACUCAAAGCCGUCCCGCAACCACCGCCGAGGCCUGCCCGAGGCCUCGUACCGACUUCCCUCGACGAGUCGCUUCACGCUGUCCGGUGUCUGAAUCAGCUCCGCUCCAAGGACAAGUCCAUUGAAAAAUAUAUCUACCUCACACAGCUCAAGGAUGCAGAUCCACGAAUAUUCUACAAACUAUGCCUUGAUAAUCUGGCAGAAUUUACUCCACUGAUCUAUACCCCGACUGUUGGUGAUGCGUGCCUUCAGUUCUCACAUAUAUACCGUCGGCCAGAGGGUCUGUACAUAUCCUACAAGGAUAAGGGCAGCAUAGCGAAGGUGCUCCGGAAUUGGCCCCGUAUCGACGAGGGGCGCAUCGCAGUAGUCACAGACGGUUCGCGUAUCCUGGGUCUGGGUGACCUCGGCCUGAACGGGAUGCCCAUCUCCAUUGGCAAACUCUCGCUCUACGUCGCGGGCGCAGGCAUCCGCCCUUCAUCCACGAUCCCCAUCUGCCUCGAUCUCGGGACGAACAACAAACAGUUCCUCGAGGAUCCGCUCUACCUGGGCCUGCGCCAGCCGCGCGUGCCGUCCGCGGAGAUGACCGAGUUCAUGGACGAGUUCAUGGACGCGAUGCGCACAUUGUUCCCGAAGCUGCUCAUCCAGUUCGAGGACUUCAGCACGGACAACGCGUUCUUGUACCUGAAACGCUACCGCGACCGCUACCCGGUGUUCAACGACGACAUCCAGGGCACGGGCGCGGUCGUCUUAAGCGGCUUCUUGAACGCCGCGAAGCUCAGUGCGCAGGCGAGCGGGCGUCCUCUCGAGGAUCAGCGGAUUCUGUUCCUUGGUGCAGGCAGCGCUGGUGUUGGUGUCGCGACGCAACUGUUGGCGUUCUUCCGGCUGCAGGGUAUGAGCGAGGAGGAGGCGCGUCGGAGGAUCUGGUUCGUCGACAGCCAGGGUCUGAUCUUCGACACGCGUGGACCCAUGGCCGAGCACAAGAAGUCCUUCUCGCGGCCAGACUACGACGGUCCCCCGAUGACGGAUCUGACGCAGAUCGUGGAAUACGUCAAGCCGACUGCGCUGCUCGGCCUCUCCACCAUCAAGGGCGCCUUCAGCCAGUCCGUCAUCGAGACCAUGUCCGCGCUCAACCCGCGCCCCAUCAUCUUCCCGCUCUCCAACCCCGUCCGCCUGUCCGAGUGCGAGUACCACGAGGCCGUCGAGUGGUCGGGCGGGCGGGUCAUCUUCGCGAGCGGCUCGCCCUUCCCGGCGCAGGAGCACGGCGGACGCACGCUCUACCCCGGCCAGGGCAACAACAUGUACAUCUUCCCUGGCCUCGGCCUCGGCGCGAUCCUCGCGCGCGCAUCGAAGGUGACGGACACUAUGGUCGAGGCGUCCUCGCUCGGCCUUGCGGACUCCCUCACGGCGGAGGAGAAGGCGCUGGACAUGAUCUACCCCCGCGUGGAGCGUAUCCGGGAGAUCAGUACGAACAUCGCGACGAAGGUCAUCAGGGCGGCGCAGCGUGCUGGUGUGGACCAGAACACGGAGAUCAGGGAUUUGUGGGACGAUCAGCUUGGGGAGUGGGUGAAGAGUAAGAUGUGGGACCCGUAA